AUGUAUAAUCCUUACCAAGCACCAGGUCAAUAUGGCGCGCCGGGAGACUACGGUGGUUUCCCUGGUGCACCGCCAGGUAUGGCUCCUCCUCCCGGUCUGCCCGCUCCAGGCACAGGAGCCCCUCCCGGCAUCCAACAGCAAGAGGUUCACCCACCAGCUAGACCUGGCUCCUUUCCUCCCAAUUUCCAACCUCCGGCCAAUAUGCCCAACAUCAACUUUUCCGCACCCGUCAUUCGUUUGGGAACCUCUGGACCCUCGAAACCCGAACCCACGGGAGGCCGAGAUGAGCGCGAGAGAGGUGGCAGGAGAGCGGGACAGGGAUUGGGCAUGGGCUCGGAUUUCCGAGGUGGUGAGCGAGACCGCAUCAGUCAGGUACAACCCCAGACGAAAGAGGAAAUCAUAAAGACCAUUUUUGUCGGCGGCAUCACCGAGGGCGCCGGAGGCGAUGAAGGUAUCGAACGAAUCUUGCGCGCAGCUGGAAAUCUACGACGUUGGGUCCGCGCCACGGACGCCGAUGACAAGCCUUGCAAGUUUGGAUUUGCAGAGUACGAAGACCCUGAAAGCCUCAGUACUGCCGUAGAAGUACUAAGGGAUGUUGAGGUUCCUGUCAAACGACAGACCCCUGCCGAAACUAAACCUGACGAGGAGCCGACAGUUGAAAUGUCCAAAUUGGUGGUCGUGGCCGACGACAAUUCUCUCAGCUACAUCGAGCAAUGGCAGGAAACCCACGGGACUGGUCCUGAACAACGACAAAUGCGAUUGGACCAGGCGCGAAGCGCCCUACAGGCCGUCCUAGAAGACCUUGCGAACCCGAGGGUGCCGAAGCCCAGGGAGGACCUAUCACAUAUCGACCGGGAAGGCGAUGUCAAAAUGACGGACGGGGCCAAUGCAGAUGGCACGACAGGCGAUGUAGUCACCAUCCCCAUCCCCGUUGACGACGAAUUGGCCGACAUUCCAGCCGAAAUGCGCGAGACGGUAGCCAAGGAGAUAUCGGCCUUUCGAGAGAGGAGCAACCGGCGGGAUCUGGAGCGACUCAAGCGGGAAGAGGAGAUUGAGCAGCAGGAACGGAAUCGGAUGAUGAAUGGGGAACGUUACAAUCGCCUGGGCUCACCUCCUCCCACCGCGCCUUCAGGACCGGCAGGGGCCAACGGGAUUCCCGUGGGGCCACGAGGAGCUCCAGCCGGUCCCCGGGGAUUCGGUCAACAAAUCCCAAGAGAUUACCAAAAGGGAGUGACGUUCGUGAAUGGGACGGCCAUCAGCGGCGCCUCGGCGUUUGAAGAUGAAGACACCGAUGCCAGCGACUCGGAACUGGAACAGAGACGCAAAGCCAAGAGAGAAUUGGAGUUGGAGAAACAAUAUCUUGACCAAGAGCGGCGUUGGCUGAACCGAGAACGCUCCCGGACAGCUGCGGUAGAACGAGAAAAGGGGCGGGACAAAGAGGAAGCGGCUCGACUGGAGGAACAGAAAGAAGCCAUGGCGAAGAGACUGCGCGAAUGGAACGACGAUGCCGAAGCCUCACGCAAGACGGAAGAAUACUAUGCCGAUCGGAGCAUAUGGAUUCGCAACCGGGCGAGCUUCCGUCAGCGAGAGAUGGCCAACGACGAUGCAGAUCGUGCGGCGGAACAACGCGAUCAGGCGAGAGAAGUGCACCAGCGCGAGCGCGCCGACGCCCUGGCUGACGACUUCCUCAGCCGACAGGAGGAAGAGAUGAGCCGGCGGGAACAGGAGGAAGAAGCGGAACGACGGCAGAGUCGGCGCGAGCCGGCCCGGUUCAAGUUGUCCCUGGGUGCGGCUGCGCAGAAGGCUGCUGCCCAGAGCGCAUCGCAAGCAGGAAAACGGACGGUUGCCGAAGUCGAAGGGCUGCUGGAAGACGAAGAAGACGAGCUGGGGGCCGGGGCUCGCAAACCUUUGGUGCCGAUCCAGUACGACGCGUCGACGACUUCAGCCAUGACGGACGAAGAACGCGCCCAAGCGGCCCGUCAACUGGCGGCCGACAUUCCCACCGACAAGAACGGGCUGUGGAACUGGGAUGUGAAAUGGGAGUUUGUGGAUGAAAGCAUCAUUGACGAGCGGUUAAAGCCGUUUGUGGAGAAGAAGGUGGUGGAGUACCUGGGGGUUCAGGAGCAGAUGCUGGUCGACGUGGUUGUCAAUGCCUUGCGAACGAGAGGCAAGCCGCAAGAGUUGGUAGGGGAAUUGGAAGGGGCCCUCGACGAAGAAGCCGAAGUCCUGGUGCGCAAACUGUGGCGCAUGCUCAUUUUCUUCUCCGAGUCAGAGAAGCGAGGGCUUUCUGCGUGA